GUCUAAGCUCACACUUAUCAGAUGUUGGAAAUUGUUCUUUUUCAUUCAUACAACACCAAAUGCUAGACCUGACAGCAACCAGAUGUUUAUGGUUUCUCAUUUUAAGUUGAACAUGUGCAGUUUUGUGUGGAUAGAGCAAAUAUACCAAAGCCAGGUGUUUGUUUCUCUCACUCUACUACCUGUGGUUACAAUUAGAGUUAAUAUCAUGUACUUGUACUGUACAUGUACUGUAAUUGUAUCUUAGUAGUAGGGUUGCAAAAUUCCAGGAAUUUUCAAAGCUGGAAACUUUCCAUAGGAAUUAAAGUUAAUAAAUAGGAAUUAACAGGAGUUAUGAGAAUAAACUGGAAAUUUGUUAAAGUUUGCCUGUAACAGGGAACUUUAAUGUUGCAGCAUAAUCAGUUAAAACAACCAGAUUUAAUGUAAAUUCAGUUGAAUUCCUGCUCUGUUCUGGUCAUUCCUGCACCUGAGCCCACAGACUACAUCCAGUGAUUGACAAUAUUACUGGGCUCAAUAUAUUUGAUCUGUGGCAUUAGUUUGACGAUCAAAAUAAAAUGAAAUGUGUUUAUACAGUAGCUAGACACUAAAUCAGCCAUACUAAAACCAUUUCAUUGACAGUUUAUGAGGCUAACUGUCAUGGUGCUAGUUAACUCAACUGUGAUGCUGUUUCUUCUGCCAGUUUUCUGCUCAUAGAAUGUAGGUUAGAGUUAGAUUCAGCAGCUGAUGGAGAAGAGUUCAUCUGUUCAUCUAAACUGUUUCUAUUCAUUUAUCCAGCAUCAAUUUCCAACUUGGAAUAUUUCAAAAGUACCCCAGCUUAACUUCCCAUGGACAGUUUCUGGAAAUUGACCACCCCUAUGCAGCCCUAUAGUAGUAAUAGUAUUGGACUACUGAAAUAUUUUGCUUAAUUAUUCCCAUCAUUCAAUGUAAAAUAAUAGGUGCGAUUCAGUUUUUGAUGAUUCUGUUUUCUGGAAGAACUUUUCAUUUCAAAGGGCAUUUGAAAUGAAAAGUGUCUGAGGACAUUGUUCAUUUGUUCACAAGGGAUAAAAAACACUUAGUGCUCUGGCUGUCACUUUAAGGAGGGCAUUUCAGACAAAUUGCCCAGUCCCCCGUGUCUUGCUCAGACAGCCCCAGUGUGUGUGUGUGUGUGUGAGAGAGAGAGAGAGUGUGUGUGUGUGUGAGAGAGAGAGAGAGAGAUUGGGGGUAAGAGCUGAGAAUAAAAGCAAGCUUCGUAGAGACAGAGCCAGAAGUGUCGUGUUAUUAGCAUGCUGGUCUAGUCGCUGUGGCCGUGCUGCCUUUCUGCUUUAAUACUGUCAGACUUUAAGCCUGCUGUUAGCUGACAGUUCUACAGGAGACACAUUACAACAGUGUAAAUUUAAGCACAGAAGAUCACGGGAAACACCUCCAUCUGGAACUAAAGAGGAUGGUGUGUUUGCUUUGAAGUAAUCACAAAAAGGGGAAGAAGCUUGAAAUUCUUUUUUUUUUUUUUUUUUUGAUAAAUCUUCUGCUUUGGAAACUGACCUGGCAGAUGUCCCACCAUCUUUCCUUACUUGGCUGUAUCCUGGCUACCACUGUGGCUUGCUGACUGUGAAAGGAAAACAAGUCUUUCUUGGAAUUACUUGAAACUUUCACGUCCUUCAGUCUGUAGCAUUCCUGACCAGGGCAGAUCCUUGUCCUCUCAACAACAACAACAUCAUCAUCAGAGAAAGCCUCAAGAUCACAGAAAUCACAGCUUCACACCUCCAAGAUGCUGAACCUCAACUCGCCAGACAACAACAGCAACAGCAGCUCUCUCCAGGACCCUGUGUCACUGAAUGUUGGUGGAGAAAUUUACACUACAACCCUGGACACUCUGACGCGCUGCCGUGACUCGAUGCUGGGCGCCAUGUUCACAGGACAAAUCCCUGUGCUCCGGGAUAAUAGAGGAAAUAUUUUCAUUGACCGUGACGGCAAAGUUUUCAGGUACAUUCUGAAUUACUUGCGCUCCAGCUCCCUGGACCUGCCAGAUAGCUUCUCAGAGCUGGCAUUGCUGCAGAGAGAGGCUGAUUUCUUCCAGAUACACCCCCUGCUGGAAGAGAUUCACAGAUAUGAGGCAUCAGUUCCUCGCAGCCGUAGAGGAGGGCCUCUCGGAGCUAUGAUUAUUGUUAACGUUGAGUCCAAGGUCCGCAUUCUCCACUUUAACUUACGCCACGGGCCUGAGAACUAUGAGCUUCGUACAUGCUCUGUGCGAGCGUUUACAGUCGACAUCUUUUGUACCUGGAGAGCUUUCUUAGGUCUGCUGUGUGAGCACUUCUCCUACAGAACGUCUCAGGGUCUUACAAGCCUCCAUCUGUGCAACUCGAGGCCGAACAGGCUGAAACUGGAGUGGGUGCCGAAGCCUGAGGAACUCCCACAGGACCAGUAUGACAAACAGCGCUACCAGGGACUAACUGUUUGUAACCCAGAGGUCACACAGUCAGGUGACAUCAUUAACACGCACCAGAGCCCUUGUGAAAUCACAGACGUGCAGGGCUUUGUGGAGGAACUGCUGAAGGUGUCUUUGGCUGAAGGGUUCAAGGUUGAUCUGGUGACUCCUGACCCAGCAGAAAUUCUUAACUGCACCUCACUUCGGCUUGUCAAGGGCUGAGCUUUGUGUGAAGAAUUAAACUUACUAAAAACACAAGAACAUGAACUAUGGAUGGUUCUCUUUAGUCACAUUUGAACUAAUUAGCAUUAGGACUUAAUUACAUUAAAUCAAAUCUAUGAGUUGGAUAGGAUUAACUUUGUAAUGGGGAAAUUAAAAGGAUCCAUAUUAUGACCAGCUGUUAUUAAUUUACCAAAGUAAUGGAUGAUUAGCAAUGUUAAAUAAAAGAUUAUUUUUUAUUCAUUAUUAACGUGUAACAUGUAAAUGUAACUUUUUCAGACAUAGAAUGUAAGUUAUUGCUAGAUUUAAAUAUGGCAAUGGCUUUGGGGCUUUCAAACACUGGUUUCACUUGUGGAAAUGUUCUGUGUUGACUCUGUUUACAUAUGAUGUGACUGUGAAUGACUCAGAAAUAGAGCUGUAGUGCAGUGAUAGCAGGGUUUUGGGAAUAAUUUCAUCAAGGAACAAGCAUGUUCUCAGGUGAGAGCACAGGCUUGAAAUUUACUUUGCAGUUGAGUUAAUGUUAAUGUCCACAGCCUAACUGCAGCCUUCAGCAGCUGCGGUGCUGGGCUAGAUUCCACCUCCCACACAACCCUGUAGAUCCCCCCUGUAAAGCUUCAUUUAUUACAUUAUGAUCUGUGUAAACUUGUGUUCCCUGUCAUUCAUAUCUGAGAGCACCUAAGCGCAGUCAAAAUACACACUCACCAAAAUGCAGCGUGUGUCUUUGAGGCCCAACAGAUGUUUUCAGUGUAUUGCUUUCUUCAUUUGCAAAGCCAGUUUUUGGUAGAACUUGAUAGCUACGUUGUUUACAUUUGCCUAACAGUAUCUCUUCCCUGCCUUGGUUUGCGCAAUGCUACAUUUCACGGUGUGUUACCACCAACUGUUGGUUGCUGUGUGUGUACAAAAGAUUAAUGCUACAUUCAGACAGACAUUUGCCCUGCGUUAAAACAACCCAAGGGGCUGUGUUGAUGGGUGUGUGCUGUCUGAUGUACCAGUGAGACUGAAAAAUGAUGGAGUUCAGCUGGAAGAAUGGCUUGUUUGUCCGUUUAUAUGAACAUAUAUAAACAGGAAAAGCUGGAAAACUGAUUUGCUACAUAACACUACCAGUGGUCAAAUCUACAGGAUACCUUAAACUACGAUGCUAGGUGUUGAUUAGCUAACCAUAGCGUAAGACUGGAGGCAGACAUAAGGUGAGGCACUGCCGCUUUUGGCCUUCCGCAGUACAGCAUUAGAGAGAGUACUGCAUUUGGUAAACGUAACUCAGAAGUCCGAAGUACAGAGUACAGUCAGUCAGCAGCUGGGACAGCAGCCUUCUUGCCACCAGCUCAGCUUGGCUCUGAUGAUUCCACUUCAGCACAGCUGUACCGUGCUGUACUGUGACAAAAUAAACUCAACUCAAAAGUCCCUCUUAACACAGACUUUUUUUGGAGGAAAAAAUUUGCUAGUGAGAUGGAGUCAAAAGAUAAAGAUAAGUGUUACAUUUAAAAAAUUAAAUAUAAAUUCAUUGAUUUUUAUUGAAAUGUGAUGAUAUUUGUACAUAUUUUUACUGUCUAGUUAAAAAAAAACAUUUACUUUCACAGACCAGUGUGUCACCAACAUCAUCAUCUCUGAGAACAAGUUUAUCCACUCAUAUAACACUAUAGACACAUCAGAGCCAGCACUAAAUUACCAAAAGGCUUGGUGAGACAAGACUAUUCUUCCUGGGAUGAUGAUAAACAUUUUUGUAAACAUUUUGUAUUUUUGACAGUGACCACGUAUUUGAAUUCAUUCAUUUUGUUUUCUUUCGUUCUUUUUCUUUCUUUCUAAAUUUAGCUAAUAAGCUCCCAGCUCUAACUCCAGUUAAUGCACAGACAUUAGAUCUCAUAUCACUCUCAGCAAGAAAGUAAAUAACCCUAUUUCCUACAAUCUCAAACUCUUCCUUUUAAACAGGGUAUAGAAUUGCUUCAGGUGAAUGACACUGUUUAGAAAACACAAGAAAAAAAAAACACAAGAAGCCAAACAACCAUGAACGGAACAAUGAAAAUCUAAUAGAAUUUGGUCAUGAUUAAUGUGAUUU